CGUCCUCAUUUCCAUCUUGCUGACCAAUGCUUCCCUCUGACCCUUUCCAACACCUCUACAAAGGGAAAUUGCCGAAAAGACGCCACUGGUCGAAUCCGAGUUCAGGUUCCUUUCCUAGUGGCAAAUUCAAUUUGGUCACCAGUCAAGCCACGAACUCUAUCGGAAUACACUGUCGCUCAGAAUCCAGCACCCGAAACCAACAUCACUAUUAGAUGAGCCUCCGCCAGUAUGAACCGCGCUCCCAUCAUCGUACCCAUUUGGGAGCCUGUAGCGCCGAUCAGCCUCCAGAGAUUUCCAAUCACAGUUCCCAUCUGGCAGUCAACGCCUGUUCCGUCAAAUAAGCCAUAUCAGCAUAGUCAGAUAAACGCCGAACAUAUCGCAGACAUCGCCGGGAAACUUUGCCAAGCGGCGCGAUCGCCUAGAGUGGUAGACGUCACCUACUACGUGGGUCUAUGGGAGGAAUUGCACGACUGUCAUUGGAAUUACAUGCGUAGGCAAAACACAGAGGAGUCGAUUCAAUGCUGGCCGGAAUACAUUAAGGCCAAGUUCGGGAACAGAACUGACGCCGUCUUGGAAAUGAUCUACCGAGAUCAUGUUAACGCAGUCAAAUCAAGCUCAGAAUGGAAGCUCUUAAUAAGGUUCGACCGAGUUCGUGGCUGGCUCGGCCUUAGUGGACCUUCCAUGUUUCUUCAACUUGGCCCAGAAGUCGCGAUUUCCUCAAAGGCCCUCAAGAUAAUCCUGAAGCUUCUCAACCACCCCAAUGCGCCGAACUUCUCAGGUGCCGAGAUUCUGGCUGAAAUGUACCACGUCAUGAUGCAACGAAACAAAAUGUCAGACACAUCAACUUACCCGGCACUUCGAGACGUACAACAGGCCCAAGCCGUGAUCCUUCGACACUAUCGCUCAUAGCCACAGGGAGCUGUUCAAGAUGAGUAGGCUGGGGUAGGACAGUCACUCGAGGAGACGGAGGAGGUUUGGAAUUUCCUGAGUCAUCGAAUAGCCUUUGGACUCGAUCAGAGAGCCAAAAGAAACCAAGUCGGAAGUAACGAGGCCAAGCUGGACCAAAAAUAGUUUGUAUGCGAGAUUUACCGAGAUUUAAGCCUAACAUGGUCCCCCAACGAGACGUGCACAUGCGAGUGUUGUAAAUAUAUUGAG